CGCAGAGGUCCAAGUUCGAACCUGCAAUAAAUGACCCUUGCCGCUUGGCUUUGACUUACGACUCUGGUGGUCUCUUGCGGGGGGCUCGCGACCUCAGGCAUUACAUUUGGAGGUUCCACCGAGAUCUCCCCCGGGCCCACCAGACUUCUGGUCAACAGGUCGUCUCUGCUUCUGAUCAGUAAGUAAGCCAGCUCUAUCUUUUUCUUCUUUCUAAUCUGUGUUUCUUCUUAGGAGAACCGGUUCUGUUUGUCUUUCUCAUCUCUAGGCGCCUGAAAAACCAGUAGGCAUGCCCAUUGUUACCCGUGUUCUGAUGUGAUGUGUGUCUGUCUGUUGAAUUGACUGGAAUGAUUGUUGGGAGUCAGGGGCACGCGCCUGACUUACCCUAUGUGUAGUCCCACGGCGUAAGCUACAGGAUUCGAGUGGGCUCUAACCCGAUUUCCGCGGUGAUCCUCAUAUGGCUUAAGGCGGUCAAAAUUUUUUGAUCCAAGCAGGGGGUUUAUACCUGCCCGCCUAUGCUAAGAGGCACCUAAGUUCCAGCGAGGGACGCGGAGGGACGAGUAUGCGAGUGCUUCUGUGUCAGUCUAAAUGUAUUGUCACCCUUGGGCCUUUGUAAUAGUAACCAUCCUAGCCGUAACCCUUUCUAUCGGGUUGGCCGAAACAGCACCAGAAAGUUGGAACCGCUGCGAGAGAUUCUUGUUAGUUCUUGUUUUUCUUUCAUGGGUCGGAUGCUUUAUUGGAAUUAAGUGUUUUCUCCGCUGAUCAGAAUUAAUUAUUCCAUCCUUUGUUCCUCUCUUCUCCUUCCUCAGCUCCCUGCGGCUUUCCCUCCCGCCCCUCCGCCCAGGGCCCAGCCAGGCCGCCGGGGGUCUCACCCUCGGAAGUCGCCUGCGCGAACUCCUCCACCGCUAGUUUCAGCCGCUUCAGGGCCCCCCCCGUGCCACCCCCUGGCCAGCAACCCCCCCCCCCCCCCGCGUCCGUGCUGCCCGCGCCCCCUUCUCUUCUCCUCUUCCUCAGAAUCAUAACAUGGGCCAAACGCAGAGCACCCCUCUUUCCCUCCUCCUCACCAACUUCAGGGAUGUAAGAGCUAGAGGACACAACUUAAGCCUAGACAUUCGCAAAAGAAAGUUGAUCGCCUACUGCCCCUCUGAAUGGCCUACCUUUGGGGUCAAUUGGCUUACAGAGGGAACCUUCUGCCUCCCUGUGGUCCUUAAAGUAAAAUCAAGAAUUUUCCUACCAGGGAAAGAAGGUCACCCGGAUCAGAUUCCCUAUAUUCUGGUGUGGCAAGAUUUAGUGGAAAAUCCACCUCCUUGGAUGGCCUCUUUCUUAACAGCAAGGUCAUGCCAAAUCCUAGCGGCUAAACCUAUCAACCCUCCCAAGCCGCUAACUUCAACUGCACCCCCUGUCCUCCCCGACAGCCAAGAUUUGCUUUCUCUCGACCCUCCCCCUUACCAGAUUCCUCCCCUUAUUCCGCAAGCUGCCCUUAUCCCUGCUGCGCCAGCAGAGCCUCCCGUAGCCCAGCCAAUAGAACUAGAGAAUAGGGAGGCUCAACCUGCGCUCAUGCCUAGUGGGGGCGAAGUCCAAGGGCCGGCUGGACGCACCUGUAGGCGGGCCCCACAUGAGCCAGGACUCCGCCUUCCUGACUCCACCGUAGCUUUACCCUUACGGGAAAUAGGGCCUCCCGAUGAGAUGGGGAACCCCCGACUUCAAUACUGGCCCUUCUCUACCAGUGACCUAUAUAACUGGAAAACCCAGAAUGCCCGAUUUUCUGAUAACCCUAAAGAUUUAAUAAGUCUCUUAGACAGCGUUAUGUUUACCCACCAACCCACCUGGGAUGAUUGUCAGCAGCUCCUCCGAAUCCUGUUCACCACCGAGGAGCGAGAAAGAAUUCAAUUGGAAGCAAGAAAGCUGGUUCCUGGAGAUGACGGCCAACCCACUGCUAACCUUGAUCUCAUUAAUGCAGCUUUUCCCUUGACCCAACCCCCACAGGAUGGCUGGGACUACAACACGGCAGAAGAGAACUCCAGCACACCCACCAGGAAGUUUGGCCCAGACUGAGAGCCAUUUAUGAGACCGGGCCCCCUCCUGAGCCACAUCACUACCGACCCGGAGACUGGGUAUACGUGCGGAGACAUAAGCAAGAGACCCUCCAACCACGGUGGAAGGGACCCUACAUUGUGAUCCUAACCACACUCACCGCUCUCAAAGUCGACGGGAUUGCUACCUGGAUCCAUUAUACCCACGCCCGACCAGCUGAUCCAUUUGCAGUUCGAGAAGACUUUGUGCCGGAAGCCAACACCGCCUGGACGGUUGACCAGAGUAAGACCCAUCCUUUAAAAUUGACUCUGCAUCGAAAACC